GUGAAGUCGUCAGUCUCUCUGUUUCACUGCAGCAAGAAUGGCUUCAAUCUUGUGUUCAGAGGAUCAGUUUAGCUGUUCAGUGUGUGUGGAGAUACUGAAGGACCCAGUCACUAUUCCAUGUGGACAUAGUUACUGUAUGGGGUGUAUUAAGAACUGCUGGGAUCAGACUGAUCAUACAGGUGUCUACAGCUGCCCCCAGUGCAGAGAGACCAUUACCCCAAGGCCUGUUCUGCGCAGAAAUACCGUGCUGGCUGACAUUGUGGAGAAAUUAAAGAAGACAGGACCCAAUCGUCCUCCUGUGCAAAGUUAUGCUAGACCACAUGUGCCGUGUGAUUUCUGCCCUGGAAGAGAGUUCAAAGCUGUAAAAUCCUGUUUGACGUGCCUGGCCUCUUACUGUGAAACACACAUCAUGUAUCACAGUGAAGUUGCUACUUUCAAGAGGCACAAGCUGGUCAAUGCAAUUGGAAAUCUGGAGCCGAAGCUUUGUGCUGAACACCAGGAGGUUUUGGAGGUCUUCUGCAGAACUGAUCAGAUGUGUAUUUGCUGGUUGUGUAUACAAGUUCAACACAGGAGCCAUGAUACAGUCUUAGCUGAGACAGAGAGGAAUAUGAAACAGAAGCAGCUGGGAGAAAUACAACAGAGAAUCCAGGAGAGACUGAAAGAAGUGAAGGAGCUGAAACAGGCUGUGGAGUCACUGAAAAGAUCUGCUUGCAUAGAAAUAAAGGAAAGUGACAAGAUCUUUACUGAGCUGAUCCGAUCCAUUGAGAAGAUCCACACUGAGGUUAUUGAGCUGAUUGGAGCUAACAAGAAGGCUGCAGUGAAUCAGGCUGAAGGACGCAUGAAGAAACUGGAGCAGGAGAUUGCUGAGUUGAGGAGGAGAAACGAUGAGCUGAAACAGCUUUCAGAGAUAGAGGAUCACAUCCAUUUUCUACAGAAUUUCCAGUCUCUCUGUGCCACUCCUGAAGCUGGAGACUUACCCAGCGUUACUGUCAAUACAGACAUCUCUUUUGGGGCUGUGAGGAAAGCUGUAACUGAACUUAAAGACCAUAUUGAGGACUUCUGCAAGGGGGAAUUAGUCAAAAUAACCACAAAAGUGAAUGAAACAGCAGUUUAUACCCUGGGGUCUAGGAGCAGUGACAGAUGUUUAAAAGUGAAUGAAGUUACAGUUUACAGUCUGCAGGCUCCAGAGCCAAGGAACAGAGCUGAGUUUUGAAAAUUCAGAUUCCUGUCAGCUCACACUGGACCCCAGCACAGCGCAUAGAGAGCUCUGUCUGUCUGAAGGGAACAGAAAAACAGACUGACUGCUCUCCUUAAAUACCUUGCAACUGGCUCUAAUUUUCAAUGCUAGCCAGGUGCAAUUAAGCACAUAUUUUUAGGCAGGGAGGAAUCUGACCCUCUCCCUGCUAUCUUACAAUAUAUAUAUAUAUAUAUAUAUAUAUAUAUAUAUAUAUAUAAAAUUCUGCACUGUGAUAUUUUGUAUGGUGAGGCUUUGUAAUGUGAUAGUUUGUAACCACUGUAAGUCACCCUGGAUGAGGGCAUCUGCUAAGAAAGAAAUAAUAAAAGGCUUUAUCCCUUUAAAGUAUUUUUUUCAAUAUUCUUUCUCUAAUGACUGACAAGCUUUGCUGCCAGUAAUGACCUGGAUGUGAAAGGCAAACAGACACUUGCUGUUGUUGUUGCUGCUGGGCUGCCAUGCCUCUCACUGCAGCCCUCUGCACCUGCUGCUGCUGAAGGUGGCUCCUAUUAGACAAGGUUAGGGUUAGACACACCCCCUCUCUCUCUCCCUCUCUUGUGGAGGAUUGUGGGAUCGUGGGAGGGGUUUGUGUGGAGUGAGUGCUGUGUACUGUGUGUGAGUAAUACUUUCUGAAGUUAGAUUCUUUUUGUACACGUUUAGUUUUAUUUAUUUAUUUUUAUUAUUUAAUUAGUGUUUUUUUCUCCUGGUUUGGAGCCGUCAUGGGUUCCGAAUCGGGAGGUUUCGGGUCGCUGACCCGCAGGCACGGAUUGAAAUGUAUUCCUGACAGUUCAGUAAGAGUGGAGGAGUGUUUGUUAGCUGUCGGGGAAAAGAUAGGAUACGGAAAUAAAAAAUCUGCUGCAAGAAUGAAUAAAGCCAUCGUUGUUUUUCUAAGUAGUGAACUGUUAGUGAACAGGGUUGGUGAGGAAGGUUUGUGAAUUAAAGAAAGUUCCCCCUGUUACUAAAGUCAUCCUUU